GCGGAUUAGUUUGUUAGGUGGGUGGUGAGCCGUCUGAACUUCUGAAGCGCAUUGCAUGUUGAGGGGGUGAUUCAUGGGGGGGGGGGGGGGGGGGGGGGGGGGGGGGGGGGACGCUGGAGUGCCGUCAGCAUCCUUGGGAUAACAAUGGAUGGGUCGACGAGAAAGAAAAAGGGCUUAAACCACCAGUACCUCUGAGCCGCUUUUUGCUGAGGUGGAUUCCCCCGGCGUGCCAACGAAAGACGAACUGCCGUGGAGGCGUUUUCGUUUUCGUUUUGGCGGGCACCACCAGCCAUCUUGGUCAGGUAGCGUGGUUCAUCUGAAGAACCCCGAAUGUCGCAUUUCCGAUUCUCAUGUUUGCCUGGCACAAGCGGUUAACAGGCAACAGGGAACCCCGAGGUGCGGGUGGUUUCAAGCUGAGGUAGAGGCCUGGACUCAUAGGAGCGAUACUGGCAAGAACCGCACUUGCCGGUCGCGACAGAGUAUGUAAUCUGCUGCACCAUUGCAGGAUUGUGAUAACGUUCGCUGCUUGUUUGAUUAGGCAUAGAGGCAUAGUCCAUUUACCCCUUGAGUUUGUGUCUCUCUGUAUAACUAACUGAAAGAUUGACUGCACACACGAAUACGGCCUUCCUGCUGCCUAUGUCCGGUUGCUACUAUGUGCUUACUGGUAGCUGGUCAUUGGCUGCAGGUAACAUCAGGAGUUUAGGAUGUGCAUCGCCAAUUCCCAUUGUGAGCAGGAAGCUUAUCCCCCCACCCAUGUCUUCCAAGAUAGACCGCAAUCCUCCCACGGCGAGAAGAUGACGUUGAUGACGAGGAGGCAGAGGAAACUGAAGAAGUUUAUGGCGGCGGUCGAGGCGUGUGAAAUAGUGCCGAAGGCCAGCAGAUGGUACAAGAGGCGAGUGGAGAAGGUGGGAGGUUUUGCAGGGUGCAAAACAUAGGGGAAAAGUUUGAUGCCGUUUCAGGGCGAGAAGAGGAUUUGCAAUGCUUCUAAAGUCUCUGCUUCAACGUCAUGAAUGUGCGUGGCAUUGUGGCACGAACCUGUGGCGAUGUCUAGAUUCCAAUCUUUUCUGCAAGGCCUACGACCUUCGCUACACCCGUUUGUCGUCCUUUCCCCUUUGCAAGCUCAGCCUCAAUUCCCGCCAUUGCUGUGAGGGAGGUUAUCGGAGACACACGUGCGAUCGAAAGCUCAUACGGUUAUCGGAGACACACAUGUGAUUGAAAGCUCUAUACGGUUAUUGGAGACAGACAUGUGAUCGAAAGCUCAUACGGUUAUCGGAGACACACAUGAGAUCAAAAGCUCAUACAGUUAUCGGAGACACACAUGUAAUCGAAAGCUCAUACAGUUAUUGGAGACACACAUGCGAUCGAAAGCUCUAUACAGUUAUCGGAGACACACAUGUGAUCGAACGCUCAUGCGGUUAUCGGAGACACACAUGGGAUCGAAAGCUCAUACGGUUAUCAGAGACACACAUGUGAUCGAAAGCUCAUAACCGUCCUGCUUACAGUUAUUAUCAUCUUGCCCAAGCGUACGUAUCCAUACCUAUCCGUUUACCUGCAUUGCAUUCAUUCCGUCCUUGUUGUUUUGUAUCUCCAAAGAGCAGCACUUUCAAAACACACUUCACACAAGAGUCACAAUUGCUGAACAACGACAUGCAAUCACUCCCGCUGCAGUGGCUCUCUUGCGAGCGUCAUGCGGCCUGCUUUUGUGCAUCUCCAAACACUGCAAAGUAGAGAAUUAGGUGCAAGGAAAAUCUACAGCUACAGACGAUCAAGGUCUGCGAUUACGAUGCUUGCGAAGUGACGCCUGACGCGUGCUCCGUAUAUUGUGCAAAAACCCGAACCGCCAUAAGGCACCCCAACAGCUGUGGGGAUAAUUUCUGAUAGCGAGGAAGAAGAAAAAAACUACAGCGCCAGACAAGUGAAGUCCGCGAUUCGCAACACUGCGGGCUCCUCGGCAGCUGCACCGAGAAGUUCGUUGCUAGGAAUCCCAGGAUCUGAAACUUGCGUGAGCGAUAUGCGAAGGGUGCAGCAGGUAGUAAGCAGAUAGCCUCCAUUAAUAAUGCGGAAGCUUUCUUCUUCAGAAAGAAGUGCCUCGGGGAGUGUUCUGCUAGUCCGACAGCUUCCUAGCUUUCUGAAGGGUGCACCUCGUCAUUGUGAAAGUCCGGACGAGGACUGACAGUCGCCGAAAAAAAAGGGACGAGUUUCUGAGCUUUCGUGAACUUCUUAGCUGGCCUCCAUAGCUGUUUCGAAUUGUUCGGCUCGUCCUACAGUUUCUGACAGUGCGCUCGCCAUUUGGCAUAGCUGUUUCGAAUUGUUCGGCUCGUCCUACAGUUUCUGAAAGUGCGCUCGCCAUUGGCAACGCCAUGAAAUAAGACCUGGUAGACACAGAAGGGGGUGAGUUUCCGUGAGGAUUCCUUGAGGAUUUUCCGGUUUUUGACAAAAAUAAAAAUAAAAAUAAAAAUCUAAACAAUCU